CUUGUGCUUCUUCCUCUUUCUUUCACAUCGUUUAGCAGUUGCUGUAUCCACACAUAAAUAAAGAGAUUAAAUUUUUUCUUGUCGCUCGAAAAUGAACAACACCACCGAGACCUGCAGUCGAGAAGAAUCCCAGCACAUCAGCCUAACGGUCUUCCUGUGCCUGGUCUACACAAUAGGACUCCUUCUUAAUGUCUUCAGCCUCUGGAUCUUCAUCUUCCGGAUGUCCAAAUGGAACGCUGGCACGGUUUUGCAGUUCAACUUGGCAAUAAGUGAUGCACUUGCCUUUCCUGCAAUCCCACUGCUGGCAGCCUACUUUGUCAACGGGAACAACUGGGAGUUUGGCCGUUUUUUGUGUACCUUGAAAAUAGCCUUACUCAGUGCUCACUUUUAUGGGAGCAUUCUGUUCCUAACCCUCAUCAGCAUUCAUCGCUAUGUGGUUGUUGUUCACUUCAAACGAUCAUUGAGGAUAAAACGGAAAGCCUUUGUGAAGAAGCUGUGUUUUGGAGUGUGGUGUUUUCUGCUCAUCGGCGCCAUAAUAUAUGGCAUUCUGCUGCCUGUUACCAGUGAAGAUGGGCACAAACAAUGCCUUUCCAUACAUCAAACCAGACUUGCCAGUAAGUACUUCAUCAUCAACUUUGUACUCAUUGGUUUAGGCUUUCUUGUGCCUUUCACUGUGGCUGUGGUUUGCUACAGCUGUCUGGCUCGAACAGUAACCCAGGUAAACAGCAAAUCACUGCAUAGUCAGUCAGUCAAGACAAAGUCACUAAGGACGAUAGGAAUAUGUCUGGUCAUCUUUGGAUUCUGCUUCUUCCCUCUCAAUGUCACUCGGACUGUUGCAGUUGUUCUUAAAAAGUAUUUCCCUGGACACUGUCAGCUUCUUAUACGAGUGGAAACGGCGUACUACUCAUCUUACGUCCUGGCAGGAGUCAACUGUUGCUUGGACCCCCUUAUCUAUUUCUUUGGCUCACACAGUUUUAAUAAAUCAUUCCGAGGAUCUGUGAAAAUAAGAAGUGAAAAGGAAAAAGACAACAGGACUGAGUCAGACACAAUAAGUUACAGUGCAAAUAGAAAUGCUAUUUGUACAGUAUCUUCAGGAAUGAUGUGAUAGCAUUUCAGAUUUACAAAUUAUCUCUUUCUUAUUUCCUUUAGUGUUUGUUUAUGGUAUGUUUGGUGAUGAUCUCUUCCUGUAAUUUUUUUUUUUUCAGUCGUAUUUCCUGUCAAAUGUUUUCUGUUAUGUGCAAUGCAAAAAUAUACUUCUGCAGCUUUGGUACUGUACACAGCGAGAUAUUUUCUUCGGUGGUUUCCUUUGUCAUGCCGGUCUUCUUAAUAUAUUUUACCAUAGUAUUAUUAAGCUUUUAAGGACAGCUUGUAUUAUGUAAUAAUAUGAUAUAUGCAGUUUAUUACAUGUAACCCUGUGUGAAAUUAUCAAUACACUGCUCUUCUCAAUUUUUUUUACAAAUGAUCUCCCACUUUUUUGUAAAAAAAGCUUGUGUGUCUAUGUAUGCAGAUGAUUCAACACUCUAUAUGUCUGCACGAACAACUGAUGAAAUCACCUCAGCCCGUAACAAAGCGCUGCAGAUGGUAUUCAAAUGGGUUUCUGUCUGAUAACAAACUUGUCUUGAACAUAUCUAAAACUAAGAGUAUUGUGUUUGGAACAAAACACUGAUUAAGCUCUAAACCACAGCUGAAUCUGGUAAUGAACAAUGUUGCUGUUGAGCAAGUACAGGAAACAAAGCUUCUGGGGGUAACUUUAGACUGUAAAUUAUCAUGGUCAAGACAUAUAGAUUUAUUGGUGCAAAAGAUGGGGAGGAAUAUAUCUGCAGUGUUGGGCACGUUACUUUCAAAAAGUAAUUAGUUAUAGUUACUAGUUACUUUUCCCAAAAAGUAACUGAGUUAGUAACGGAGUUACUUUGUCAUAAAAGUAACUAAUUACCAGGGAAAGUAAUUAUUCCGUUACAUUUUGUUCCCCCCCCCAAAAAAAAAAAUUCAAU